AUGUAUUUAUCUCCAUUUAUUCAUUCAAUCAUCAAUCAAUUAGAUUAUCCUAAUAAUAGUCAACAACAGUAUUAUAAUAAUAAUCAUAUUAAUAAUAAUAAAUAUGAUUUAUCACAACUUCAAACGAUUAUCAUUGAACAGAUAUUUGAAUAUAUUCAAGAUGUAGUAGAUGUUAUUAGUUUGUUAUUGACUUGUAAAAAGAUGUUAUUGUUACCUUUUAAGAGCCAACAUCAUCAUCAACAGUAUCAACAUCAGUCAUUGACAGCAAGACAUAUUAAAAGAGUGUUUGAUAAGACAACAGAUUUUUUAAAUCGUUUGUCAACCUAUCAUAGAUACUGCAACCAUUUAAAGAAUAUUCAAUCACAAUACAACUUUGAAACAAUGAGAGACUUUUUCAAUCUGUCUACAGACCAUCGUUUGGUACUUGAUAUGCACGAUCCUCCUUAUGAACAAUACAAACAAUUACAACAACAAAAACGACAACAAAGACUUGGUACUGUUAAAAAUCCUUCUCAACCAACAGAGAUAACACAUUCAGUGUUAUUGGAGAGACUAGAUUCAAAUAGGAAUAUAAGGUCAAUCUAUGAUGUACCAAAGACUUCUAAAUCUCUCUUUUUGUCGUUUCAACAUGACAAGGGAAUUGCAAAGUCUAUACUUCCACCAGACCUACAAGAACUCGGUAUAAGAAGUACCAAUGAUAGUUUUGGAGAGUUACCAGAUACUCUUACAUCUCUGACACUCCUAACCAACCAGACACCCCUCCAACACGAGUUACCUCGGUCACUAUGUACAUUGGUUGCAUUCCCUCAUAUCAUCACUUGCAUUCCAGCGUCGGUAAAGUCAUUUACCAUUGCAAAAGAGGAUUCAAGUGUUUCUACUGCACAGAAAAUACCAAGAACCAUGUUUCCAUAUGACUCUCAACUUGUCGAACUAUUAAUAGAGACAGAGGUUGAUUUAGAUGUUGGCGUUGAUGAAGAAAAUAAUAAUAAUAAUAAUUAUUACUUUUUCCCAAUCAAUAUUACCAAAAUGACUCUACAUAUUAGACAACCACUACUUCAUUGCUUCUUAUCACCAAAUUUAAAGUCACUGACCAUUCAAACAAAAUCAAAGACUGGGUUUGGUCAAGGACUCGCUAGCUUGUGUCACUUGGAAUACUUUGAUUUGGUUUUAUUGCAUCAGAGUUGUCGUCUUGAAGAUUUACAUCUUCCAAGUAGUUUAAGAGUACUCAAAUUAAAGUCAUAUACAAGACAAUUCCUUUGGGAGGGGUUCCUUCCACCUCAUCUUGAAAGCUUGACGUUAAAGCUUCUUAGUACCUAUAUUGUCCCGAUUACAAAAGGAAUAUUCCCUCCAUCUCUCAAGACUCUUGACCUCCAAGUAAAUAUUCAGUCCCAGAUUGAUGUUGGUGCACUUCCAUCAUCAUUGACCUCUCUAGGUUUAAAAUGUGAACAAGAAUUGGUGGUUGGUGUCAUUCCACAUGGUUUAGUUGAAUUGGAACUAAGAGAACAUAAACAUUUAAUCAAUCAACAAAAUGUAUUACCCGAUUCAAUUACUAGAUUAUCUUUACCAGGAUACCAACAAUUUGAUCUAUCAACAUUUGCAUUUCCCCCAAAAUUAAAGAAAUUGGAAUUAAUGAAUUUAAAAGAAAAAAUUAUAUUAAAACAAGACACGGAUGGUAGUGGUCAUAGUCGUUGUUUACCAUUGACACUUGAAAAAUGGUUUAGUAAUAUUGGUAUUGUAGGUGGUAUACCAAUCGAUCAUUUACCCAAUUUACGUGCUAUCAAAUAUCCCAUCAACCCAUUGGAUGAAAAUUUAUUAUCAAUAUUCUCAACUCACAGCAAUACUACUACACCAACAAUACCAAAACAAAUCAAGAAAUUAUAUUUAUAUUUAAAACAAGAUAAUUGUUUUUGUUUCAAGUUGAAAGAUUUAAUUGGUAGUUCAAUCUCUAGGAUUGUAGUUGAAAAUGUAAUGAUUGUCAAGACAUAUAUAUUUGAUGUUAGAAUGUUGGAUACUACACAUGCAAUGAUUAUAGAAGAUCUUUAUGGAGGAAUAGUAGAUCUAACCAAAUACCAAGACCGAAUUGUGAUCUACAAAAAUCUAGAAUAUCCAAUCAUCACAACAACAGAUGAUCAUAGAUUACAUAGACACACAGAAUUUAAUCAACCAUAUCAUCAAUUUAAAACAAUGUAUUGUAAACCACAUAUAACACACAGUAUCUAUCUAUCUAUGACAUUUCAAGUUAUUCAACCAGGUAGAAACCAUACCGAAAAGAUUUUACAGGAAACGGUAGAUUCGAAAACAAGUUGUUCGUCGAUGGAUCAUCUGGGAUGCCAAUUUAUCAUUUGGGUAUUCUCAUUGGCUUUGGUUGGUGGUCUAGCAGCAUCUAUCAUCGUUCAUAACCAAGCAGUGAUCGAAGUAGAAGCGAAUCGCAACAGAUAUAUAACAUCUCCCGACUAUGAUGAUGAUGCUGUUGACAAGGAGUAUUCUCAUAUAGACACAGAAUCUGAGCAGAUUCUCGAAUCAGUCAAAGCAGAUAUGACCAAAAGAAACAAAGAUAGAGACACUUAUUUUAGCAUUAAUGUCACAUUCUCUGUCGCAGAAUUUAAAGACUCUAAACUCUUUUGCUUAAAUGAAGAUAAUAUUCCAUGGUAUGUCAAUUCUUUUUGGUGGGCCAUUGUAAAUAUUUUAUUUAUAUGGUUUCCUUGGGAAGUAGCAUAUAGAUCUCAUCUUGCAACCAUACGAAUCACAGGAACAGUUAAUCCUUUACCAAUUGACGAUUGUUUUGAACCCCAAACGGAAACGGUUUAUCUCCAAGUACCAGGCCAAACUCAUGCUGUUCCUCACACUCAACCAAUAGGACAAAUACCUCAGCACUAUAUUGCACCAAUCUAUCACCAACCAAUGGGUGCAAAUAACUAUUCAACUUAUCAACCACCACCAUAUAUACCAAAUCCUAACAAUAAUUAUUCAAAGUUACCCUCAUUCAUCAUCAUCUUUGUUUUAAAAGGAAAGAAUAUUUCAUCAUCAUGGGAUUUCUUCAUCACAUUGAUCAAUGAAAUGAAUAUUUAA